CAUCUCCUCCCCGGUCAAGCAUGUCAUUUAAUGUACUUCAGUACUCCCGUACUCCAAUUCUGACUCCAACUAUCCUUUUUGGUCCUUGCUGUACUAAUCCCAACAACAUCCAACCUAACGCAUCCCAACCCCCAAGGCCAAAUCGACUCUUCGUCCCAUCACAACUAUUCUCUAUAUACCGUCUCAGUCUGAGCCUGCCAGCCUCACCAGCUGAAUUUCAUUACUCCGGAAAUCCUUAGCCAAGAACUCCAAGCACUCACCAGUCGCCCUUCGCCGCGUCUCUCCCAAAGUCUUUACAGCCUCAGCCUCAGCCUCUGCCUCACCUGUCCAGCCAGGUCCGCAUUGCAUCUUCAACCCGCUGGAGUCGAUAAUUAUCCCGAAACCCGCUAUUGAGGACCUCAGUCUCUCGCUGCCUCGCAGUCCACUUGCAGGCGGCGGCACGCCCACUAUAUCCUUCGCCUGAUGCCUCACUCCACUCCCGGGGCAGUUAUUGACAAUGAAAUUGCAGACAGUCUGAGGCGACAGUCCCAACUCUCGUCCAUCGGAAAAGCUGCAAUCAUGAGUAAUGUAGUCGCCGUGGACACGUCCAAUGAUAACCACUCCAACAAAGAGACGCGCGAAAUCAGGCCAACGUCCCAUGGCCUGGUACCGUCGCCAUCUAUCCCCAAUGGCCUAGUGCCGUCACCAUCCAUAACCCAUGGGCUGGUACCACCACCAACUAUUCCCCAUGGACUAGUCCCGCCGAUACCUAUUCCCCAUGGACGUGUCCAUCAGACAAUUUCAAACGGCCAUGGCUGCGGCUCGCAGGAUGCUGGGAGUCACACCCCAAGCGAUGCUUCUGUUGGUAGCACUCCAUCGACAGCACCCGGUAGCCCUCAUCUCAUGCCAAUUAGGCAAAACUCGGGUUCGAGCACACCUCGGACACGGCCACCUGCAACAACGCUUAAUAUUCCUGGGAUGACACGGUCUAGGGUUUCUCCUGAUGGUCGUAUUGCAGAGCGAGAUGUGGCAUCCAAAUUGGUGAUUAUCAUGGUUGGUCUGCCAGCAAGAGGGAAAUCGUAUAUCACCAAGAAAAUACAACGGUAUCUUUCAUGGCAGCAACACAACAGUCAAAUCUUCAACGUUGGCAAUCGACGACGAGUGGCAGCUAGUGCCCAGCCAGGAUCAUCAAACCUUACAGCCCAGAUUCAAGCCCGAACAAAAGCACUAACAAACACGGAUGCUGUCCCAGGGACUGCCACGGUCUCGGGCACAAUGGACGGACCCACACAGGCUGCACAUAUACUUCUCAAUGGAGUCGAACCUAGCCAAAACCAAGAAUCGGCUUCUCGAGAUCAUGAAGAACCCAAAGCACCGAUGGAGCCCUUUGACCAGAGUGCAGAGUUCUUUGACCCCUCUAAUGCAAGAGCGUCCCAAGUGCGAGAGCAGGUAGCCAUCUCGACACUCGACGAGCUGCUUGAUUAUCUUUUACUUCAAGGCGGAUCGGCUGGCAUUUUAGAUGCAACGAAUAGCACACUUGAGCGGCGAAAGUUGUUGUUCAAUCGUGUCAAGGAACGCGAUUCUAAACUUGGCAUACUAUUCAUCGAAAGUAUCUGCGAAGAUCAAGGGCUCCUAGAAGCAAAUAUGCGCCUGAAGCUAUCUGGCCCAGACUAUAAAGGCAAGGACCCAGUGACGUCCUUGGAAGAUUUUAGAAAACGAGUUGCGGCCUAUGAAAGCGCAUAUGUCCCGCUCGGCGAGUACGAAGAAAAAAAUGGCAUCCAAUAUAUUAAGAUGAUUGAUGUUGGACGCAAAGUCAUACACCAUCAAUUGAAGGGGUUUCUAAGUGGGGGGAUAGCCUCAUACCUAACCACGUUCAAUCUUUCCCCGAGACAGAUCUGGAUUACCCGCCAUGGAGAAUCAUAUGAUAAUAGGGAAGGAAAACUCGGUGGAAAUUCUGACAUUACGCCAGAGGGCCGCGCUUAUGGUGCUGUGCUGUACAACUUCAUGACCCAGAAACGAAAGGAUUGGCUGGUAGAGCAAAAAGACAAGAUUUUGUCUUCCAGUUUUCCACCACAACCCGGAGACAAUACACCUCCGUAUCCCGAGAGCCGUCUGGGCGAGCUCGACGAAAAGAAUUUCUGCAUCUGGACAUCCAUGCUGAAGAGAUGCAUUCAAACAGCAGAAGAUUUCGAGGCCGAUGACGAUUAUGAUGUGAAGAACUGGGAAAUGCUCAAUGAGCUGAACGCGGGUGAUUUUGAACGACUCACAUAUGAGGAGAUAGAACACAAUUUCCCGCUAGAGUUCAACAAACGGAAGCAGGAUAAGCUUCAUUACAUCUAUCCUGGGGUAGGCGGAGAAGGCUACCUUCAGGUUAUAAGUCGACUUCGGGAUAUGGUGAGAGAGAUUGAGAGAAUUACCGACCAUGUCCUCAUCAUUGGACAUCGCUCCAUUGCUCGAGUCCUCAUGGCUUACUUCAUGGACCUCACCCGAAACGACAUCGCUGAUCUCGAUGUCCCCCUUGGCAUGUUAUUUGUUAUUGAACCAAAGCCUUACGGUGUGGACUUCCACCCGUACAAAUAUAAUGAGGAGAGCCAGUGGUUUGACGAGGUGAAGGACUACAAACCUCACAAGGAAACACGGAAAGGGAACUAGUCGACUUAAGUUAACAAAAGAGGGGUGUUUGAUUGCCACGCAGGUAGUAGUUGCUGGAGUUAUUGCUAUGUUUAAUGGCGUGGAGUAAGGGGCAGUUUGGGUUAAUGCACACACACGGAGGGAGGGGAACUGUUUUUCACGCAAUUACUUAGAUUUUGGGGUUCGGGAUUAAUGUGGACACGGUAAUAUCAACAGCUAAUUAAAGCUUUAGCUUUUUUUGGACUCCGACCCCCCUGCGUGUGAGCUUGGGGUGCAGUUUGUAUCACGUGAUCUAAAAAGUUCUGUCACAUGAUCUGCUGUCUGUGCGUUGUGCCUGCCUUCACCAGCUUCUGACCCAUAGCACGACAAUUCUUGACUACCACGGCCGCAAUGGAAGCUAAAUACUGUUCUGGGUGCGCCCAGAAGCGCCCUAUCUCUUCGUUCCUGAGAGAUCCAUCUGCCGGCCUGGCUGGUAGGGUAUUCGCAAGCUGCAUUGGGUGCCGAGCUGCACAAGAGAGGUAUAAGAAGAAACGGUAUAAGAAGAAACGGAAGGCCUCGCGCCAGCUACGUCCUCAGAACGCUCCUGUGCUCCCAGAGCCUUCGAUGCCCGCUAAUGAUACGCGUGUAGAAGCUUUGGCUCCCCUCGAAUCACGUCCCGGACCAUCCGUGCUGCCUCCUCCAGCCGAAACACGUCCAGAGCCACCUGUGCCCACACAACCUCAACCCCAGGGCUUUCUCUCGGCCGAACAAUGGGGACUCAUACAGGAUUUUCAUACAGUAAUGGGCAGGGUUGGGAUGCAGACCUGCGGCCGUUGUAAGGAGCGGUGGUUCUCUAUGGACCUGAAGGGCGGGAUCUGCCACGCCUGCUUCCUACGGGAUAAGGGCAACAGGACACCCUUUCUCAUGUCUGCUGAGAACGAGAUGGACCCGGGAGAGCUUCCGGCCUAUCUGCCAGAGCUGACACAGGUGGAGGAGAUGACGAUCGCCCGGUCUCAUGUGCAGAUGAUGGUCUGUCGCUACCGUGGCCACCAGUACCACUACUCGGGACACUGUAUAUCGUUGUCCUACGGCCCUCGGAUCAGGUCGUGCGGUCUGAUCUAAGGUAUCAGCGCCAGUUCCGGACGGAUUUCCCACUCCGCAAGGGGCGUAUCAUCACCUGGCUGCGGUUUCUGAAGGCGCACCACCCGGACUACCGAUACAUCACCAUCUCCCCUGACCGGAUCAGCACCCUGCCUGUUGAUGGCGAUAUAUCCUCCUCCUUCCCAGCCGUCGUCGACGAUGCGGGCGCGGAUGAGCCCCCCGUGCCAGGACAACCCGUCUCGCCCGACCUCCCCCCUCCGAACUCUCAGUCCAUGGUCCCGAAUCUCGAUGUCGCGACGACGGAGGUGGAUCGCAUCCUCCAGGAGAUCGCCGGCCGCGAGCCCGAACCUCUCGGCCUCCCCGCCCCCUCGAUCCGACAGACGCCCAUCGAUGAGGCGUCCGGCCGAGACAGGAUCUUUGCCAUGGCCUUCCCCACUCUCUAUCCGACGGGCCGGGCUGACUUCAAUGCCUCCCGGCUACGGACGGUGCGUCUCGACGACUACGCGCGACACCUACUCUGUUUCCACGACGGGAGGUUCAGCCGCCAUCCCCGCUGGCGCUUCUUCGUCUUCAACCUCCUCAUGCGUCGGAGGGCGAACAGCUCGGCCCGUUUCUAUGUCUCCAAGGCGUCUGGUCUAAAGGACCUCGCUCGUGACGAGCUCGCGGAGGCCCUGCUGGCGGACGACGCCCUCCUCUCUCAGAUUGUGCGUCAGGGUUCUGAUUUGACCGGUACGCGCCCGUUCUGGAGGAACAAGAGCAGUAGCUUACAGGCGCAAGCCCGCUUUCUCUCGCCUGGGAUGUCGCCGGUUUUCCUCACCUUCAGCGCAGCCGACAUGCAAUGGCACGACUUACACCGACACUUCCCUGGCUUCUCCGACGUGGCUCUUGCGGAUGAUCCAGGACGGCAUAGAGGCGAUUAGCUACUACCAGCAAAUAUAGGAGAGCCUUCAGCAUCAACGCAUGGAAGACGAGAGCAUAGCUGUGGCCCCUCUCUCACAAGACCGCGAACACAGCGUCAAAUCAUAUCAUAAGGACAGUGAGGAUAAUGAGGAUGACGAGGACGUGCGGCCUCCAAGACGGCGAAAGCGGCGUGAUACGACGGAACAAGAAGGCUGGCCAACUACAGGACAGGAAGGAGGGAGGUCGCAUGAGACCGGCCCUGGUACCUGGAGGGG